AUGACUUCGCCCCGCAAAUCUCCAUUAGCGAAGAAGAUGAAAUCAUCCUCCCUCUUGACGUACUUCCGCACGCCGUUCUGGUCGGAACACGUCACGUCGACCUUCAAGGCGACGUGGGCCGAGGUUGUCGCAAACGUGCAGACCGAAUCCUGCUUUUACGUUGAGCUCGAAGCGACCGCGGCGCCGUUGACUCCUGAAGAAGAGUCGGCGCUCACGUGGUUGCUCAGCGAAACGUUCGAGCCCGAGAAGUAUGGGUCGUCGCCUUUCUACCCCGCACCGGCGGCCAAGGCGACGGCGGACGUGUGGGUGGUCGAGAUCGGCGCCCGCUUGAGCUUCAGCACCCCAUGGAGCAGCAACGCCGUGUCUAUCUGCCACGCGUGCGGUCUGACCAAGAUCAAGCGCAUCGAGCGCAGCCGCAUCUUCCACUUUACCGGGAAGCCCGGCAAGUUGACGGACGCGUUCAAAGCGGCGUUCCUGACGGCGCACAUGGACCGCAUGACCGAGCAAGUGUACGAGUCGUCCCUGACGUCGUUCGGGGUCCCGCAAGCGCCCAAGCCCGUCCAGCGCGUGCCCAUCAUGUCAGAAGGCAAGGAAGCGCUUCGCGCGAUCAACGCAACCAACGGCCUCGGGUUUGACGAAUGGGAUUUGGACUACUACACCAACUUGUUCAAGGAGAAGCUUCAGCGCGACCCCACAGACGUCGAGUGCUUCGAUAUGGGCCAGUCCAACUCGGAGCACUCGCGCCAUUGGUUUUUCGGCGGCAAGAUCGUCAUCGACGGCGUCGAAAUGCCAGACACCCUCUUCCAAAUGGUCAAAUCGACUCUAACCGAUGCUAACAAGACCAACUCGGUGAUCGCUUUCCAUGACAACUCGAGUGUCAUCAAGGGCGCCGCCAUCAAGACCCUCGCGCCGUCGCAUGUCGGCUACCCGUCUUCCCUCGAGGAGCGCCAUCUCACGAGCCAUGUGCUCCUCACUGCCGAGACCCACAACUUCCCAUCUGGCGUCGCGCCCUUCCCCGGCGCCGAAACUGGCACCGGCGGCCGCAUCCGCGAUGUUCAAGCGACUGGCCGCGGUGCGCAUGUGGUUGCGGGGGUGAGCGCAUACUCGGUGGGCAACCUCCUGCUUGACAACUACCCGCUUCCCUGGGAAGACCAAACCGUAACUUACCCGUCCAACUUGGCGCAUCCGCGCGAAAUCAUUGUACAGGCGUCCAACGGCGCAUCUGACUAUGGCAACAAGUUUGGCGAGCCAGUCGUGUCUGGGUUCGCCCGUUCAUUCGGGAUGGUGCUGCCCAAUGGAGAGCGCCGCGAGUACAUCAAGCCCAUCAUGUUUUCGGCGGGCGUGGGCCAGCUCAACUCGACGCAUUGCGUCAAGGGCGACGCUGAGACCAACAUGUGGGUGGUCAAGGUGGGCGGGCCGUGCUACCGCAUCGGAAUGGGCGGUGGAGCUGCGUCCAGUCGCAUCCAGGACGCCAAAACUGCUGAAUUGGACUUUAACGCAGUUCAACGCGGCGAUGCCGAGAUGGAAAACAAAAUGAACCGUGUGAUCCGCGCCUGUGUCGAGCUGGGCGACCGCAACCCGAUCGUGAGCAUCCACGAUCAAGGCGCUGGCGGCAACGGCAACGUGCUCAAGGAGAUCGUCGAACCUACCAACGGCCACGGCGGCGGCGCCAGAUACGAAGUGCGCAAUAUUUUGAUUGGCGACGAAACCCUCAGUGUAUUGGAGAUUUGGGGGGCCGAAUAUCAGGAGAACAAUGCGUUGCUGCUGCGCCCAGCUGACGUGGACCUGUUUCGCACCAUUUGCCACCGUGAGAACUGUCCAUUUGCGCUGCUCGGCCAAGUGACGGGCGACGGCCGCGUGGUGCUGCAUGAUGCCGUGGACGACUCGACGCCCGUGGACUUGGAGCUGGACCUGGUGCUGGGCAAGAUGCCCCAGAAGACAUUUGUGGAUACGACUGAACCAAACUCGUUUUUGAGAGAGCUUGUGUUCCCCACUGAUAUUACCGUGGCGUCGGCUUUGGAUCGCGUCCUCCGCCUCUUGUCUGUCGGGUCCAAGCGCUUCUUGACCUCCAAAGUUGAUCGAUGUGUGACGGGGUUAGUUGCGCAACAACCUUGCGUGGGUCCACUGCAUUUGCCGCUCGCGAACGUAUCUGUGAUUGCGCAAUCGCAUUUCCGCAGCCCUGAAACCGGCACGUACACGGGAUGUGCGUCGGCGGUGGGCGAGCAACCUGUCAAAGGUUUGGUCAACCCGGGGGCGAUGGCGCGCCUGACAGUUGGCGAAUCCCUGACCAACUUGGUGUGGGCAUCCCUAAGUGGGUCUCUGGUCGACAUCAAGUGCUCCGCCAACUGGAUGUGGGCUGCCAAACUACCCGGCGAGGCCGCGCGCAUGUACGAAUGCUGCAAGGCUAUGACGACCUUCAUGAAGGACAUUGGCGUCGCGGUGGACGGCGGCAAGGACUCGCUCUCGAUGGCGGCGCGCGUCGAGUCCGAGAAUGUUAAAGCUCCUGGCACGUUGGUCGUAACCAUGUACGCGGCCUGCUCGGAUGUCGAAAAGACCAUCACUCCGGACCUCAAGCCCAACGGCGGCGACUUGUUUUACGUGGAUUUGGGUCACGGGAAGGACCGGUUGGGCGGUUCAGCGCUCGCGCAAGUGUACAACCAAGUCGGUCGUGAAGUCCCCGACGUGGAAGACGCGGCGUUGUUUAUCAACGCCUUCAAAGCCAUCCAAACGUGCGUACACAACCAAUGGCUGAGUGCUGGCCACGACCGAUCGGACGGUGGUCUCAUCGUCGCGUUGGUCGAGAUGGCGUUCGCCGGCAACGUUGGCCUCCACGUCAACAUCCCGUCGAGUAGCUCCAAAGUACAAACACUCCGAGAGCAACUCGGAGUGUUGUUCUCGGAGGAGCUGGGGUACGUUGUCCAAGUGCCCAAGGCCCAUCAAGCCAGCGUUGUCGCGUUGUUUGCGUCGCUGCAUGUGCCGCUGGUGCAUCUGGGUCACGUGACUGACGUCGAUCAGACGCUCGUGAUUCAAGUGAACGGCCGCACCGUCGUGGAAGACACGACUGCCCGUUUGCGUGACACGUGGGAAGCCACGUCGUUUGAGCUCGAGAAGCGCCAGCGCAGCCCAGACCAUGUCCAGCAAGAACAAGAUGGCUUAAAGCACCGCAGCAUUCCGCCGUGGCAGCUCACGUAUGAACCGACCCCGCCCAAGGCACUGUCUACCCGCAACCAGCACCGUAUCGCAGUGUUGCGCGAGGAAGGUUCGAACGGAGAUCGCGAGAUGGGCAGUUCGUUCUACUUGGCCGGGUUUGAAGUAUGGGAUAUUACCAUGCGCGACUUGGUGGCUGGGACAGUCGCAUUGGACGAACGGUUCCGUGGGGUUGCGUUUGUGGGGGGGUUUUCCUUUGCCGACGUGUUGGGAUCGGCCAAGGGAUGGGCGGGCGUGGUCAAGUACCACCCGAAUGUACUCGCGCAGUUCAAAGCGUUCCGUGCGCGGACCGAUACGUUCAGUCUGGGCGUGUGCAACGGCUGCCAGUUCAUGUCGUUGCUGGGGUGGGUCAACCCGCCCGUGUCGGAGCAACUUGCUCUAGAAAACCCGACUCGCGCCGGCGACUGGAACCCUCGGUUCAUUGACAACGCAUGUGAAAAGUACGUGUGCAACUUUGUGACCGUGCAAAUCCAAGAGAGCAACGCGGUGAUGCUCAAGGGCAUGGCGGGCAGUUCGCUGGGGGUGUGGGUAGCCCAUGGCGAAGGCCGCGCGUACUUUUCCGACCCGCGGUUGCUCCAGGACGUGCUCGACAACAAGUUGGCGCCUGUGCGCUAUGUGAACGACGCGAAUGAAGUCACGGAAGCGUACCCGUUCAGCCCCAACGGGUCGCCCCAUGGGAUUGCUGGCCUCGUCUCGGAUGAUGGCCGCCAUUUUUGUCUGAUGCCGCACCCCGAGCGCACGUCGCUCAAGUUUCAGUGGCCGUACAAGACCAAAGCUAUCCAAGAGGCCAAGGUGAGCCCAUGGCUCCAGCUGUUCCAGAACGCCAAGACGUUUUGCGAAGAAUCGACGACCAACUAG